AGCACAUCCUCACUGAUUCAUACAGCCAGCUAGCGAGCGAGCUUAGCCAACCACACGCCUCCUGGUCCUAGCUAGCUCCCCCCGGCUUUCUCUUCUUGAGCUCCGACCGACCACUCACUCGGGCCAUGAUGAGCGGCGGCAGGAUGAACGCGGCGGCGAGCGACGACUUCCCGUUCGCGGCAAUGCAGCAGCCGCCCUACGUCGGCUUCGAGCACGCCGGCAUGGUCCAGGCCGGCGGCGGCGGAGGAGGGGGGCAGCGCCACCAGGGCGCCAUGAUGUACGACAACUUCGACUUCGCGGCGGCGGCCGCCGCCUUCGGCCAGUUCCAGGACGCGCCGCACCACCAGAUGCUGGCGCUGCCGCCCAACGGGGGCGGCGCCGGCGGGCUGCUCCCCAUGGCGCCGCCGCCCAUGCCCGGGAUGCAGCUGCAGAUGCCGCCCAUGGGCAUGCACGGCCACGGCGACGUGUACCCGGCGCUCGGGAUGGUGAAGCGCGAGGGCGGCGCCGGCGCCGGCGACGCGGGGAGGAUCGGGCUCAACCUCGGCCGCCGGACCUACUUCUCCCCCGGCGACAUGAUGGCCGUGGACCGUCUCCUCAUGCGGUCCCGCCUGGGCGGCGUGUUCGGGCUCGGGUUCGGCGGCGCGCACCACCAGCCGCCGCGGUGCCAGGCGGAGGGCUGCAAGGCCGACCUCUCCGGCGCCAAGCACUACCACCGGCGCCACAAGGUGUGCGAGUACCACGCCAAGGCGUCCCUCGUCGCCGCGGCCGGCAAGCAGCAGCGCUUCUGCCAGCAAUGCAGCAGGUUCCACGUGCUCACCGAGUUCGAUGAGUCGAAGAGGAGCUGCCGGAAGAGGCUGGCCGAGCACAACCGCCGCCGGAGGAAGCCGGCGAGCAGCAGCACGACUGCGACGUCCAAGGACUCGGCGCCGCCUUCCAAGAAACCCAACCCGGGCGCCAUCUCCAGCUCCUACGCCGCCGACAACAACAAUUUGAGCGCCACCAAGUCCAACAUCUCGUCCAACACGAGCGCCAUCAGUUGCCUGCAGCAGCACGACCAGAGCAAGGCCGCGGCGGCGGCGGCGAGGCCCAUGACGCUCACCCUCGGGGAGCCGCCGGAGAAGGACGACCACCACCGGCAGCUCAGCAACGCCAUGCAGCUCCACAACCACCACCAGGAGCAGCAGCACUUCAUCACCUCCCUGCUGCAAGGCAGCAACAACAACAGCAACAUUCUGUCGUGCUCGUCGGUGUGCUCCAGCGGGUUGCCGUCUGCCGGGGCGGCCAACGGCGAGGUCUCCGACCAGAACAACAACAGCAACCAUGGCGCCGGCAACAAUAACAACAAUAACAUGCAUCUCUUUGAGGUGGACUUCAUGUAGACGACCGAUCGACGCAGGUGAGCUUGGAGACCCGUACAUGGAGCCAUGGAGUGGUGACCAGCCUACGCCUAGCACUGCACCAACAGUGUCCUUUAAUUAAUUUGUGUGUAGGUAAAAAAAAAGGAGAGCAAAAACCUUAAGGGUAUAGUCCAUAGUCUCAAAGUGCUGAGAUCAGCUAGCAAAGGCUGUGCAAGCUAGCAUGCAUGCCUUUCUUCCAACUUUCUUCCCUGCGGUGCUCCUGUAGCGCUGCAAGCAAGCAUGCCUUCCUGCCAUUUUCUGUUUCAGUGAGGAAAUAAUGUUUGUGUUAGUGUUAUUUUUGCCCUGUUA